UCAAAUUUUCAACAAUGCAGAGAUCAACCAAACUCAGUGAUGAAGAAGAGUUUUCAAUCAUGGUUGCUGCCUUAACCAAUGUGAUUACAGGUACUUCUCUUGAUGCCGCAAUUUCAGUACCUGAGUAUGUCUUAUUCUAUUGAGCAACAUUUAUUUUGUGUUUCGACCGAACCAGAGUGUUGUCAAUUCUACAAAACAUAUAAAUGGUUGUUUACGAUGCUACGGCUGGUGUUAACAACAACAAUACAUUAAAUUUUGUUGCAAAGAAGAAGAAGAAUAAUUACAGAUCAUUGGGAAAAUGGGCUGCGGAAAUUAGAGAUCCAAGAAGGGCAGCUAGAGUAUGGCUUGGAACGUUUACUACAGCUGAAGAUGCAGCUAGAGCUUAUGACAAAGCAGCUAUUGAAUUUAGAGGUACACGAGCUAAGCUUAAUUUCUCAUUUGCAGAUUACACUUCAAUUCAACAACACAAUACUACUACUACUACUACACCCAUGCAAGUGACAACAAUAAUCAGCGCCCUCGCAGUUACAACAAGUAAUGAACACAGAAGAAGAAGAGUUGUGGGAUCAAUUGAUGAAUUCGGACAAUGAACUUCAAGAUUACUUUGAUGGAGAAUCUGAGAAAACUGAGGGAGCUGAUGAUUUUGAUGGCAGCUUGCCUACCAACUUCAACGAAUAUUGACAAACAUUGUUCACACAAGGAGGAGUAACAACGUUAUCCUCUGCCCUUCAGACCUUACCUUAUUAUACUAAUCUAUCAAUUUCACUAAUAUUUAGGAUUUCGAUGAC